AUGUAUAACAAUAGCAACAAUAUAAGCAACAACAAUAACAAUAAUAAUCAUACUGGUCAGAAUAAUACACCAAAUACAAAUGGUCAAUUUAAUCAUUCACAAUUACAAGGACCUCAUUCUUCAUCAUCUUCAUCAUCCAAUGUACCUCAAUCUAAUUCUCAAACUACAAAUCUACCUCCAGGUUUGACUCAUACAUCGUCAUUUAAUAAUCAACAACAACAACACCCACCACAACAGCUGCAGCAACAGCUACAGAAUGCACAAAAUCAGUUUACACAACAAAAUUUACAGCAUCAUCAGCAACACCAACAACCACCUCAACCUCAACCUCAACCUCAACCUCAGCAACCUUUACAUUCUCAUGUUCCAACUUCACCAACAACUGGGUUGUUAAAAAUAACCAAUUUUCCAAGAGAUUUGACAAGAAGAGAGGCUACUUUAAUAUUUGCAUUAGUCAUUGAUGAAGUUCUAAGUAUUGAUGUUAAUGAAUAUCAAAUAUUGGCAUUAUUCAAAAAUAUACAUACUUGUAUAACAACUGGUAAAUUAUUGGAUGGACAACAAAUAUUUGGUCAUGAAUAUGCUCCAAUUAAAGUUGAAUUUGAUAAUAAUACUCAAAUUAACUCAUCAACAAAUUUUAAUCAUACACAAGCAGCUUUUAAUUCAUUAACUAUAUCUCCUAAUGUUAAUAAUAUUUCACCACCAAAUAGAAUUAAUCCACCACCAUUAUCUCAUAAUCAAUUACCAUCUCAACAACAUCAACCACAAAGUACUAUUGGUUCUAGUGGUGGUAAUAUACCAAUUGCUCCAUUUGAUGUAUUACAAAAGAGACAAUCUGUUAAUAAUCCGAGAUCAAGAUUUAUAUUUAGUGAUCCAUUUCAACUGGAUCAAUCACAACAACAUCAACAACAACUGCUGCAACAACAGCAACAGCAACAACCGCAAUUACAACAGCAGCAGCAGCACCAACAACAACAACAACAACAGCAAAGUCCACCUUCUUCAUCACAACAACAGCAACAUCAGCCAAUGAGUUCUAAACAAUAUUCUAAUCAGGUACCUCCACACUUGGUAAAUGAUCCCCGAUCAUCUACUAAAGGUCCAACUUCAAAUUCAAUUGAUUAUUCAGAGAUGACUGGUAAAUCCAUACUAUUAAUGGAAUCACAAAAUGAUGCAAGAGAUUAUGAGAAUUUAGUACGUGACCCAUGGAUGCCUAAUCAAAUUUUACAAAAUUCAAAUCAAAAUAAUUUAGAUUCAUCAACUCAAAGUCCAAAUAUUUUAGCUAAUUCAGAUUGGAAUACAAGUCAAAUGAUUACUCAUAAUUUAAAUUCAGCAGGUUUAAAUCUGAAUGGAUCAAAUUUUGUUUUGCAACAACCACCUGAUCGUAGAAGAACUUCAUCUGCUUUUUUUAAUCCAAAUCAACCUCAACUACUGUCAUUACAACAACAACAACAACAGCAACAACAACAGCAACAGCAACAACAACAAUCUUCUCAAUCCCAACAACCUAUUUCACAACAGCAACAAGUUCCACCGUUACAUAGUGCAUCAAGCAUUGCUCCAAAUAGUGCAACUACUCCUAAUUUAAAUUUGAGAACCUCUUUAUCACAACCAUCUGGUCAAUUCCCACAACAACUACAAAAAAGAACUUCAUCACCGCCACAAAUUAAUUCUAGUCCAACUGCAAGAUCAAACCCACAAUCUUUAUCAUCAUCACAACAACAAUCUUCAAAAGAUAUACCUGAUUUAUCAUUAUUAGCAAGAGUUCCACCACCUGCAAACCCAGCUGAUCAAAAUCCUCCAUGUAAUACAUUGUAUGUUGGAAAUUUACCACCAGAUGCAACUGAAGCAGAACUACGUACAUUAUUUGUUCCUCAAAAGGGUUUUAGAAGAUUAUCAUUUAGAACUAAAAAUCAACCAUUAACUAAUGGAUCAACUAAUGGAAAUAAUGGGUCCUUAUCAUCAACAACUCCAACUGGAUCAUUAACUAUGAAUCAUAAUCAUGGACCAAUGUGUUUUGUUGAAUUUGAAGAUGUUGCUCAUGCAACUAGAGCAUUGGCUGAAUUAUAUGGAAGAGCAUUACCUAGAAAUAAUAAUGGUUUGAAUUCAAAUAAUAAUGUUGGUGGUUCAAAUUCAUCAAAUUUACAUAGUGGGAAAGGAGGAAUUAGAUUAUCAUUUUCUAAAAAUCCGUUAGGUGUUAGAGGACCAGCAAGAAAAUAUUAA